GCCCUGCCUCCCUGGGCUGGGGUGCCAGCAGGGUUGGGGUCCCUUGUUCCGGGCAGCACCUCACUGCUUGUCCCCCCCCCCUUCUCUGUUUCUCCACAGGUGCUGGCGAGUCUGGGAAGAGCACCAUCGUCAAACAGAUGAAGAUCAUCCAUGAGGAUGGCUACUCAGAGGAGGAGUGCCGGCAGUACAAAGCUGUGGUCUACAGCAACACCAUCCAGUCCAUCAUGGCCAUCAUCAAGGCGAUGGGGAACCUGCAGAUUGACUUUGGAGACUCCUCCAGAGCGGAUGACGCUCGGCAGCUCUUUGCGCUCUCCUGCACUGCUGAGGAGCAGGGCAUCAUGCCGGAGGAUCUGGCCAACGUGAUCCGGAGGCUGUGGGCUGACAACGGGGUCCAGGCUUGUUUUAACCGCUCCCGAGAGUACCAGCUGAACGACUCUGCUGCCUACUACCUGAACGACCUGGAGAGGAUAGCCCGUGCCGACUACAUCCCCACCCAGCAGGACGUGCUGCGCACCAGGGUGAAGACCACCGGCAUCGUGGAGACCCACUUCACCUUCAAAGACCUGCACUUCAAGAUGUUUGACGUGGGCGGCCAGCGCUCAGAGCGGAAGAAGUGGAUCCACUGCUUCGAGGGGGUGACGGCCAUCAUUUUCUGCGUGGCCCUCAGUGCCUACGACCUGGUGCUGGCUGAAGACGAGGAGAUGAACCGCAUGCACGAGAGCAUGAAGCUGUUCGACAGCAUCUGCAACAACAAGUGGUUCACAGACACGUCCAUCAUCCUCUUCCUCAACAAGAAGGACCUCUUUGAGGAGAAGAUCGUGCACAGCCCCCUGACCAUUUGCUUCCCUGAGUACACAGGGGCCAACAAGUAUGACGAGGCGGCCAGCUACAUCCAGAGCAAGUUCGAGGACCUGAACAAGCGGAAGGACACCAAGGAGAUCUACACCCACUUCACCUGCGCCACUGACACCAAGAACGUGCAGUUCGUCUUUGACGCCGUCACCGACGUCAUCAUCAAAAACAACCUGAAGGACUGCGGGCUCUUCUGAGGGCCGGCGCUGCCCAGGACCCCCGGCCACGCCGGCGAAGGAAGGACCAUGCCACCUCCCCACUCCUGCUUCUCUUCGGAUUCAUCCCUCUGCCCCCACCCCAUAAAGAGACUUUUUGGGUGCCAGCAUGGCGGCAGGGCCCGUGUCCCCCCUGCUGUCCCGGCUCGCUACCCCCCCCUUCCCAUCUUCCUCCUCCUCCUCGUCGGCGUCACCCUUUCUGCCUUCCUGGGGAAAAUGAGGUUUCCAUCUUGGUUUUUAACCCCCGAACCGCUCCAGCCCCCCCUCCCCAUCCCCUCCCGAGCCCUGGCGCUCUCACUGUUUACAUGG